AUGGCCGUGUCAUUCUAUGGUGAUGGCUACAUCCAUCUACGGACAGUGGAAGCCUCCAUUCAGACGCUGCUCCAUGUACGUUUUCGAACCUCCAGUCAGACAGGGCUUCUUUUUUUGGCAGCUGGACGUAGAGACUUCUUGCUGCUGGAGCUGAUAUCUGGGCGUCUGCAGGUACGUCUGGACCUCGGAUCAGGUGAACACUCAUUACACUCAGAAAGGGGCAUGCAUCUUAAUGACCUAGCAUGGCACUACUUGGAGCUGAUCCACGACCAUCACACUGUAAAUAUGACCGUGGACCGAAACUCUCAUACCAGCCUCCAUAUGCCAGGACCAGAUCUGAGGCUCAAUGUUGAGGAUGGACUUUUUGUUGGCGCAGCUGGACUCAAGCAACCAAAUCUUCUCAACAUUUCUAUUGGAUUUAGAGGUUGUAUAGACGAAGCUGUGUUCAAUGAACAUAACUUGCUGUCCACUCUUAGGCCUUAUUCUGGGUACAAGAGUGUUCAUGAAGUCUCUCUGGGUUGUAGUUCACAGUUUUCUGCCACAGUAGAAGAUUCUGUUAGUUUUUUCAGCUCCAAAGCCUUUAUAUCUCUCACACCAUGGGAGGUCCAACAGGAGGCUGUGUUUGAAUGUGAAUUGCAGCCUUCUGCAAGAGAAGGAGAUGGCAUGGUGCUGUAUAGCUCUGGGAACAAGGGAGAGUUUGUUGCCAUAGAACUACGUGAUGGUCACCUGAUUGCAACACUAGGAAAUGGAAAGGGGAGUAUGACUGAGCUGCGUUCUCUAACAAAUGUUCAGAGAAACCCCACCUGGUAUCCCAUUAAGCUGCCUGCUGCCCACAGUGUCCAUCUUAAAGUGGAUGAAGAAUUGGUCCAGGCCAAUCUGAGUGUUGAGCUGCAGGUCAUCCAGCUCAAUGGACCCCUUUUUCUCGGAGGACUGAACAAAGAAGCCCGUGUAGAAGCAAGGCGAGCUGGGUUGAUGUCAGAUGUACCUGGAGGGAAACUGGCUGGGGGUGGAGUCUCCUUUAAAGGCUGCCUCCGAGAAAUUAGGGUGAACGCUAAAAGAACAGGCCUACCUAAUGCAGUCAUCACCAAGGACAUCACUGUGGGCUGUUUGACACAACAAACUCCAGAUGCAGUGACAACCAUUUGCCCAACAGAUUGUCAAGACUUUGAUGUAACAACUACUCAACCUACUACCUACAACAAGAAGAACCCUAACUUUUUUUCAUUGAGAAAGCUUGAGGUGGUAGAGGGAGGCCGUGCACCACUUGAGCCAAAACACAUAAGGGUAAAUCUGGAUUUGCGGAAAUUUGGCAUUCAUCCAGCUCAGUUAAUGUUCCGCAUAGAGGGGCAGCCUGCACAUGGCCAGCUCCGGUUGGACCUCAGAGCAGAAGAGUUUGAUCAGACUUUCAGUAUGUUGGACCUUUGGCAGGGCCGGGUGAUGUACGUUCACAGUGGGUCAGAAGACCAGCAUGACUUCUUCAUGUUUUCAGUCUUCUCCAACAAUAAGAGGAAGCUUCCUGUGUUUCUGAAGGGCAACCGCCUGCAUCGGUUUGAUAUCAGCAUCAGUCCUGUCAAUGAUGCACCUGUGCUCAGCCUCCCAGAGGGAAAUCUUUUCACUGUUCUAGAAAAGUCCAAAAGACAGCUGACAACAGAUGUGCUGAGAGUGUUGGACCCUGACAGCAGUUCUUCAGAACUGAUGUUAAGCUCCCUCGGAAACCUCAACACUGAGGCUGGACACCUUGAGCACCAGGAUUACCCUGGCAGGGCAAUUAAUUUGUUCUCUCUGAAUGAUCUUGAGGAUGGUAAGAUAAGCUUUGUCCACACUGGCCUCUCAACCUCGAGACUGGCACUUAGGGUCAGCGAUGGACAGAAGUUAAGCAACACAGUUGUUUUGAGAAUUUUGGCUGUGAGACUGGAACUCAGAGUGGUUAACAACACUGGACUGGAGAUGAACCAAGGCGAAGCCUCCGUCAUCACAACCAUGAACCUCGCUGUACAAGUUAAUUGGGCUAAUCAGGCAGUGGAAAUCCGCUAUGACAUCACAGAGUUGCCACAAUAUGGUGAGCUCCAGCGUUUGCACUCCAAUGGCGGAUGGAAAUCAACAACCUCUUUCUCUCAGAGCCUUCUAAAGAAGGAACGGAUCCGAUAUGUCAGCACUGUCCAUGGCCUUCAGACUCAUCACAACAUCACUGAUCGCUUCAAAUGUAAAAUCACGGUUGGUGCCAUGGCCACCAAUGAGGUUGUAUUCCCAGUCAUGGUUCGGUGUAUCCACUUUAAGGUCACACGAAGCAAAAUGGAGGUCAAUGGUGUUCUAAGUACGGCGGUCACACCCGAAAACCUUCAUGUGAUUUCUAAGGGUGUCAGACUCAAUGAGAGUGACCUUUACUUUAGACUGCUUACACUACCAAAGAAAGGGAAGCUGUACCUGAAUAACAGAGUCCUGAAAAGGAGGUCUACCUUCAGCCAACAGAACAUUACAGAUGGCUUGGUGAAGUACGAGCUGUUCAACAGGUUACACUACGGUACAAGAGACACGUGUAGCUAUCAGGUGUUUUCUAAACACGCAAACUCAACAACGUACGACUUCAGAAUCAACAUUAAAGCCGAGUUGACAGUCAUCACAGUUUUGAACACAGGCCUUUCAGUCCUGGAAGGAGGAGGAAAAGUCAUCAAUAAAGAUAUUUUGUUCACUCACACAACAGGUAACCUGGAGGUUCAAUACAGUGUCAGUGUGAGCCCCAGACAUGGCCAGUUAAGGAGGAUCAACCUCUCCAACUCCACUUCCAUCAACAACAACAUUGUGAUGUUCACAAAUCAGGAUAUUAUUGAGGAGAGGAUCAUGUAUGUUCAUGAUGACAGUGAGACCAAGCAGGAUUCCUUUACAUUUCAAGUUAUGGUCAACAAACCCCACAAACACACUAACAAGAAGGAGGAUAGAAACACAGGCGAACACAUGUUUAAUAUCUCUGUGCAGCUUGUCAAUGACCAGAGACCUGUCAGGGUUGUGGAUAAAGUUUUCCAUGUUGCCCGCUAUGGGCAGAGGUUGGUCACGUUGAGUGACCUUCGUUACCAGGAUGACGACAUGGACUUUGAUGAGAGUUGGUUGGUGUACACGCGGAGGGGAAUUCCCAUGGGUGAGCUGGUACUGGCCAGUGAUCCAAGCCACAAGCUGUACGAGUUCACACAGCGGGACCUCGAGCAGAAAAAGGUGUUGUUUGUUCACAGAGGAGUGAGUUUUGGGCGAUUUGUCCUUUUCAUAUCAGAUGGGAAACAUUACGUGUCAACACUGAUGGAGGUGACUGCCCAGGAUCCUUACCUUCAGACUGAGAACAACACAGGCCUUACUGUCCAGAAAGGGGGGCUUAUAACUUUGACCUCAGCCAACCUCAGUGUCUUCAGCAACCUUGACAUCCGAGACCCGCAGGAAGUGACAUUUGAGGUCUUCCUUCCACCUAAACAUGGUUUGCUCUUCUUCAAUGAUGAAGAUCGUGAGAGUGUUGCAGCAACAGAUCCAAUUACGAUAUUCACCCAGAGAGAUUUGUCAGAAGGGCGCCUGGUGUAUCAACAUGAUGGCAGCCAAAUGUUAUCAGAUCAUUUUAAUGUAACUGCAAGAGCAAAGGAGAAGAGCACAGAGAGGCGACCUGAGAGAGGGAGGAGGGAGGUGCAUCUUGACAUUGGGGUGCCGGUAAAAAUCUACCUGGAGAGUCACCAAAGACCACCAACAGUCAUCAGUAACCGUCCAUUGCUGGUGACUGAGGGAAGUAAUGUCUCCAUAAGCAGGGAUACCUUAGAGGUGGUUCACGAGGACAGCCAGCCCAAACAGAUAUUUUUUUUCGUUCAAAGUCAUCCCACCGAGGGUUUCCUCCAGAGGUCUUCCCCCGACGUCAAGCAACAAACCUACGAAGGCAAACAGGAGCACUUUUAUCAAAACAUCAGAGAGCAGCAAACAAACUCUUUUACUCAGGAGGAUCUCAACCAGGGAUUGAUUAUCUACCACCAUCAGGCUGCAGGAAGUGUCAACGACUCUGUUCUUUUGGAGGCGACCAAUGGGAUGACAAAGGUCGGACCCAUCAGGCUGGAGGUUGAUAUCAUACCUAUCAUGAUUCCUCUACAGGUAUCUGACUUGACCCUUGAUGAGGGGUCAUCUCUGCCACUGACCUCAGAUGUCAUCAAGGUCACCAAUCAUCACUUCUCAGGGAUGAACUUCCUGUACCAGGUCAUAGUUCCACCGCGACACGGACACUUGGAGCACAGCCGGAUCCCGGGAAUGCCCAUCACUGCCUUCACUCACACUGAGGUGGAACGAGAGUACAUAUCCUAUAUCCAUGAUGGCAGCGAGACGCAGGGAGACAACUUUACCAUUGUAGCCAAUCAGACGGAAAUCAGGAAGCACAGUCUGCCCUGCACCGUUCACAUCCACGUUACGCCUGUCAAUGAUGAGACUCCUGUUGUUACAACCAACAAAGGUCUGAAGGUGUGGAUGGCUUCAGUGACAGAGAUCACCCAUGAUGAACUUGGUGCAGAGGACUCAGAUACUCCACCGGAGAUGCUAGAGUUCAUCAUCACCCCACCCAGCAACGGCCAUCUGGCACUGAAGAGCGCCCCCUCAAGACCGAUCCUGAACUUUACUCAGAAUCACAUUCAAACUGGACAACUGGUGUUUGUGCACAGCGGUGCUUUGUCGGGUGGAUUUCAAUUUCAGGUAAACGAUGGUGUGAAUAUCGCCCCUCGCCAGAUCUUCAGCACAACCGCCCACUCUCUGGUCCUUACCCUGCAGAGAAAUCGUCAGAUGGAGGUCUUACCAGGCUCUGUGACCCCCAUAUCUGAGCAGGAGCUGAAGGCCGUAACUAAUGAUGUCAUCGACAUCAGGAGAAACCGCUCUGUGGUGUUUGCAGUGACAGCUCCUCCUAAACUGGGUCGCCUGGUCCAACGUUUGCCCGACAACUCUUCACUCAACAUUUCUGUUUUUACACAAAGCAUGUUGAAUGAUGGAGUAAUCUUCUAUGACCAGAACAAGCCACAGUUGGUGGGAUGGUCAGCUGCAGACUCCUUCUCUUUCACUGUGUCCUCUCCUCCUGCUUUCCUUCCUCCGCACACCUUCAGCAUCUUAAUCUCCUACCAGGCCAACGAACAUCACGACGACUCUAAAUACAAGACCAGACUACUCAACAAUGCAGGUGCUGUGGUGGCUGAGGGAGGCAGGGUGAUGAUUGACAGGUCGAAACUUGACGCCUCCAAUCUCCUUGGUAAAGUUCCAGAAUCCUAUCGGAAAGACCACGUCAUUAUGUACAGGGUGAUUUCCCUGCCCCGCCAUGGGGCCCUGUCACUAAGAGGACACAACCUCAACAGGAAUAAACCAGAUUUCUCUCAGGUCACCCUAAACAAGUUUGGAAUCACUUACAUCCACGAUGACUCAGAGACAAUAAGCGACAGCUUCACCUUCCGUGCCUGGGUGGCUCCUUUGGAUGACAGCUGGGCGGUGACGGAGACGUUCAACAUCACGGUGACACCGGUCAACGAUCAGCCGCCACUCCUCAGAAGCAGAAACCCCAGUAUGAAGGUUGUAGUGGGAGAGAGAGUUGUUCUUGGACCGGACAAUCUGCAGGUUGAGGAUCAUGACACCCCUCCAGAGGAGCUGCACUACCUUGUGAUCAGUAAGCCCGACAACGGCUACCUGACGCUGGGAGAGAGACCAGAGCCAGUGACCUCUUUCACCCAGUAUGAUGUCAACCAUAACCGGCUACACUUUAUUCAGCAGGGUGAGCCCUCAGCUGGUGUUUUCUACUUCAAUGUAACCGACGGUCAUCAUCGUCCACUUUACAAACUCUUUAGUCUAGAGGUGAUAAAGCCCUCUGUCUCCGUGGUGAACAACACUGGCCUGUCAUUGGUUCAAGGCAAGACUGCUGUGAUCCUGACGACCAACCAGCUUGCGGCUCAAACCAAUGGUCGCAGCAGGGCCAACAUCACCUACACGGUCACAGCGCACCCUCGCCAUGGACGCAUCGCUAUAAACGACCACGAAGUGACGACCUUCUGGCACGAGGACCUGCUGUUUGGCCGCGUAGUCUAUCACAUGACUGAACUCAGCGAAUCGGAGACAGCUUCCAAGUCUUGGUGUCGGCAUCAUCUCACGGUGUUGAUUAUGGAAAUGUAACAGCACACAUGAAGGUAACUGUGCUGCCUCUGAUCCACCUGAGGGAGCAGGUUAGAGUGCCCAGCGGUGUCGCUGUGAAACUGGGGAAAGCCAUGAUGGAUGCCUCUGAGCUGGCAAGAAUCAGCCGAGCUGACCCUGUCUUUGAGGUUCUAUCCCCACCAAAACAUGGAAAGUU